AUGUCACAAUUUGCUGACGACAGUGCAAUGUGGUACCGAGGUGGAAAUAUUAAACAUUUAACAAAAAAAAUGCAAGAAACCCUUAAUAAUAUAAGUGCAUGGUCUAAAAAAUGGGGUUUUAAGAUAUCUAAAACCAAAACGAUAGGAGUAAUAUUUGGAGAUCGUCAUGUUUAUUCAGUUAACCUAAUGCUAGAUAACGAACCAAUCAAAUUCCAGAAUCAUGUCAAGUUUCUUGGUCUCAUAUUUGAUAGAAAGCUAACAUGGAAUAAACACGUAAACUAUUUACUAGAAAGAUCUAAAGCAAUAUUAAACGUUCUAAGGUAUGUUCAAGCAAAUAAUUAUGGCAUGGGUACUGAUUCUCUUCUCAUGCUAUAUAAAUCUCUUCUUAGAUCGGUACUUGACUAUGGAUGUCAAGCGUUUAAUUCAGCAUCUAUAACUGUAAAAUCUAAAUUAGAUAUAAUACAAGCUAAAGCUCUUCGCAUAGUGUUAGGGGCCCAUAAAUCGACCCCGUUAGAAACAAUACUAGCCGAGUCUGGCGAAAUGCCAUUACAAUUAAGAAGGGACCACCUUUCUCUUAAAUAUUAUGCUCGUACUAAACAAAAUCCAUCAAAUCCAGCCAAUGAAUUAGUAGAUGACUGUAUUGAAUAUCAAAUUUAUAAUCAUAAAUGGAAUGACCAUAACAUACCUUACGGAUUCAGAGUCCAAAAUCUACUUAAAGAUAACGAACUAGACAAAAUAAAGUUGGUUACUAAAAAUAUUCAAGAUCCACCUCCAUGGAUAAUAGGUCAAGCUAAAACAUCCAGUAACAUAAAAAACAGCCUCAGUAAAAAAGAAAAUCCGCAUAUCAUUAAGACUAAAGCGUUAGAGUACAUCGACAAUGCAUAUAAAAAUCAUUUAAAAAUUUACACCGAUGGCUCAAAAGACCCAGCUUCGGGUAAAACUGGAUAUGCUUUUCUAAUCCCAUCAAAGUUGAUUGCAAGCUAUAAACGAACGUCAGACAAUCUUUCCGUGUACACCACAGAAAUGACGGCCAUAUAUCAAUCAUUAAAGUGGGUAUUCUCCAAUCAACAGCCAGGGCAAAAAGUUGUUAUUCUAACUGAUUCAUAUAGUGCAAUCCAAUCUAUAAAUAAUAAUGCAUCAAGUAGACCCGAUAUCCUAGAACCAAUUCAAAUACUGGCUUGUCGUCUAAAACAAAAAAAUAUAGAAGUAACCAUAGAAUGGAUACCAGCGCAUGUUGGUAUCCUAGGUAAUGAACAGGUUGACAAACUAGCUAAAUUAGCACUAAGUAAUGAUAAGAUUGACCUUAACUUGAGUCUUAGUGCAAACGAAUUCAUUGCAAUAACAACAGCAUUAUAUAAGAAAAAGUGGCAAGCUAGAUGGGAUAACACAUGCUCCAUAUGGAGUCGUUCUAUAAAUACUGCAGUAAAUAAAAAACCCAACUUUUAUCAAGGUAAUCGAUUUCAUGCAAAAACAAUAACUAGACUUAGGUUGGGCACUACUUUAUUACCUGGGCAACUAGGCCAGUACAUACGCAAUGUCUCACCAAUAUGCAAUACAUGCGGCAUUAAAGAGGAUAUAGAACACGUACUAGUAAACUGUAUUAAUCAUUCACAAGCGAGACAAAAUUUGCAAUCAAACUUGGACAAGGUUCAAAUACAAAAUAUUAAUACCAAAAUAUUACUAGAUCCUCCUAAAGACAAACAACAAUAUGUCUGGUCGUGCUUGGUACAAUAUUUAACAGAAAUUGAUUAUCAUAAAUUUAUAUAA